GCAAUAGGCAACACCUGACGGAGGAGGGGCGUGCUGAGGCUGGCGGGUAGACGCCCAUGUGUAGUUCCUGCUCUGGACGCCCAGUGCCGCUGCCGGGCAGUGAGAAACCAGUGAGCACCAGCCAGAUGCUGCACGGCUGACGUUAGCUGAGAGCCCAGCCGAAAUAUCCUGCUUGCUCUGGAAUACACCCCAGUUCUAAGGCUUUCUAAGGGAUCUGCCGCAUCAAGAACCGUCUGGAACUUCCAAGAGCACACGACAGAAUUGGGAAUGUGAAGGAGGAAGAAGGUCACCCAGGCUGUAACCGCCUGCUGAUGCAGUACACCGUUCCUGGGGAAUAUGGAGUCAGGCAGAGCCCGUUGGCUGGUAAGCAUCGGCUUAGUACCGCGAGAAAUAAAUGUUUACGUUUAACAGAGUGAUUGGGGAAGCAUGAACUGGACUGAAUGCAGAGAGGAGGCUGGUUUGUCUCUCAGUAAACCACAAAUAGGAUAUAUACCAGUAGUAUUUGUCAUAUAAAGGAGAGCCAGGAGGUGCGGAAUGAUUCUCCCGACUUUCAUCACUUUUGCAUCCAGCUGAGGAGCUCAGGGCAGAAGCUCUGCGGGAGCGCUGGGGAUUCAGAGUGCCAGAAGAGUAAGAAGAAAUUCGUCCUGAGAGCUGGCUGGGAAGGAUAGUGUGGCUCCCUCCUUGCACUCGGCCAUGGAAAGCACACUGGUUCUGGAAAGCAUCUGUGCUUUCAUUCUGAGGGAAUGUUCCUCCCGAGCCACAGGGCGUGCCAGGGAAGGCGGUUCUCACAGCUGCGGGGCAGUGGCUCCAGGGAUGGUGCAGAAGUUUUUAUCGGGGAGAGCCAAACAUGACCUGGGAACAGUGAGCUUUCACUCGCAUGAUCUGAAUUCCCAGACUGAAGACCAGGCAGGGGAUUUUGAAACUGAAAUUGCUCAGAAUGCAGAAAUGCGGGAAGAAUUCUAUUUUUAGGAAUUAAACGUGGAGACCCAACGUCCUUAAACGUGGAGACCCAACAGGAAAUGAGCAAAAUAUGUUGCCGUGGCUCUUUCCUAGAUUUAAGGUGUGAGUCUUUUAAAGAAGAACUAGGUUUUGUUUAUUUUAAACAACGUUCUUAGGGUAAAGGAAUUAUCACUAAACAAAAAAUCAAGAAAGCCUGCAACAUCACUAUGUGUUUAAGGAGAUAAGCAAAUUCUCUGACAAAUUUAUGCAGAUUAUGUAAUAUUAUGGCUAUGGUUCUUUAGUCUGUCCUACACACAUUGUACCUUCACCUGGCAGCACAGUUACUUCUUGCUUUUCCUGUGAGGCUUUUCCAUACACACUCAUUUUAUUGUUGUAACUCAAUGGAAGACGGAGUCAUUAGCUAUCCAAUGAAUAAGUGAUUUACUUCAUUUUACGUUUCUCUACAAUCUGAAAGAGUGUGACCUUCAAUCUAAGGGCAACAACUUCUGAUAUACAAAGAUAUUAUUGAAGCUAAGAGUUCUGUUAAGGAUCGUUGUUCCUUUUAAACCCUUCUACACCUGAAGCUGAAGGAUAAUGUCCCUCUUCAGAAAUGAAGUGAAAUAUUCUCCACCUGGAUUUGUUCUCUGCCUUAGUGGAGCCAAGGAUUUACAGUAAAGCAAGGUUACAGGUCCACCUUCCUCUCUCUGAGGUUCCAAGGACUGCGUAGAAGCACUGGUGAGGGCACAAGCAAAUGGAUACCAGGUGCCACUGUUAUUUCUCCAUGACGUGAAUGAGGAACCGCAUUCCCAACCAACUUCAUCUACUGAUGUACUCAACCUAUAGUUGUUUUUACAACAAGCUUCUGUGUUGCUGAUAACGAUAGAAACCAGAGAGAAAGACACAUCCAAGGAAGGAAGGAAGACUUGGUCUCAAGGGCAGCUAUGUGCAUCAUCGGUACCUUGUAUGUGUCCUGGCCAGAUCUUGCCCAGAGUCUGUAAGAGUAGUCGUGAUGUAACGCGAUCUUCAGGGCUGGCGAUGUGUGCCCUGGGGACUUUAUCUCUUAUCUGGCACGCUUCCCACCUCCCUCCUCCACUUCCUUGUAUUUAUUCCUCCCAGAUCCUCCCAAAGAAGCGAAUUAUACCUUUCCCUGAGAAUGAUCCUGCCUCUAAUCAUCCCAUAAUAAAUUCUGAAGAUUCCUACACACACCUCCAACAUCUCAUAAUCAUUUUGUUGUUUCUUACGACAUCCUUUCUGACAAUCCAUGUUAAUGUCCUUUUCUUUCCGUGUCUGGUAGAACCUCUUGGAAUCUACACUUGGAUAGCUCCUUUAAUGGCCCAUCAACCAGUAUCCUAAGGUUCGUGGUCUUUGUCAUUGUCACUGGUCGUUAAAGUUUGUGUCUCUAGGUGUUUAAUUUUCUUGCCCUUUGUAUUAAAUAGCCUUAAAUAACCUUACACAAGUGCAGGAGUUCAGGUUUGAUCUCUGAGCACAACGUCCUUGCAGGUAUUUCUAAAUCGUGUGGUAAUGUCAGAGGAGAAAGGGAGAUACAUCUCCAAAAUGUGAAAGCAGGUUACAGAAUUUUUACGUUUGUGUACGGCUGGGGACAUUUUUCAUGAACGUGUGAGUUCUGGGUUUUGUGGUGACACACCUUGGCGUGGGAGCAAAGGAAGGUUCACGGCCAACUCACGGAGAAAGACGCUUUUCACACAGCAAAGCAUGGGAAUCCUGUGUUGUCUGGGCAAAGUGUGACACACAAAGUGACGUGAACAACGUUAGGAUGACAUGUCAUUUUAGUAACAUUUUAGUGAAAUUGCGAGAUAGAGUGAUGGUGAAUCAUUUACUUCCUAGACCUUUCCCUAUAAGCUCUCUGGCACCAGCUCUCCUAUUCAACAGUUUCCCUGACAUUAGCAUGCCCCACUUGCUGAUUGUCCUGUGCUGAUUAACAUGAGACAAAGAAGGCAAACACCACUAUUCAUCCCGUGGAAGUGACAUCUUUUCGCAAUCCCUCUACAGCACAGAGGAAAACUGAAAGCUGUAUUUGAAGAGUUCGCGGUGGUGGGCUGGAAAAUGAUACCCAAAAUGUUGUCACUCUGUAUGGAGAGCAAGACUUCUUCAAAUACAGCAAACACUACAACUUUUGGCUUCUGUUGGUAAGAAGAGUGGAGAUUCAAGCAGCAAACAUGAGAUCAGCAGCUCUGUCCCGAAUGCAAAGAAUAUAUUCCCCCUUGAAACGCUGGGUGGGGGUGUUGGCCACGGACCGGCAGAUUCUUCUCUGCACCGGCUUUUCAGACACAGGGAGACAGAAAAACCGUGUGAGCUGCUGGAAGGGCGGCGGGGCACGGAGCCGGGGGGGUUUCAGGCUUCAUGAUUCCUGACAAACAUCGCUCUGCCUUCCUUUAAAAUACGGGGAACAACGGCUGAUGCCCGGAAAGGAGGGCUUAUUUGGAGAGUCAUGGCGUUUGGGAGACAGAGCAGAGGCACUGAGAGGCAAGUGGUCUUGUUUGUUCUGUGCAUUUGCGUGUGUCAGAGCGGGGCCGAAACCCUCCGCUAUUCUCUAGUGGAGGAAACGGAGAGGGACUCCUUUGUCGGCAAUAUCGCAAAGGACCUGGGUGUUUCUCCGAGCCAGCUCGUGUCUCGCAAGGCCCGCGUUGUGUCUGAGGGGAACGAGCAGUAUUUCCGCCUCAAUCUAAACACCGGAGUCCUGACGGUAAAGGAGACGCUGGACCGAGAGGCGAUCUGUCCGCAGAACGAUAUCUGCACACUCUUCUUUAAGAUAUUCUUUGAAAAUCCGGUGCAGCUGAUCCGAGGGGAGGUGGAGGUUCGUGACGUGAACGACAACUCCCCCAUGUUCCCGGAGAAGGAAAUGGUUUUAGAGAUUCUGGAAACGGCAUCCCCUGGGUCUCGUUUCCCCCUAGAAAGAGCACGCGAUAAGGACGUGGGGAGCAAUGGCUUGCAGAACUACAGCCUCGGGUCCAAUUCGCAUUUUUCCCUGGCUCUUGGAACAGGGAAAGGUGGAGCGAAAUACCCUGAACUCAUCCUACAGAGUCAACUGGACCGCGAACAUCAGCGGGAGGUGAAUUUACUCCUGACCGCCACCGACGGGGGCACGCCACCCAAGUCGGGCACGGCUCAGGUCCGGAUCAUGGUGCUGGAUGCCAACGACAACAUCCCGGUCUUCUCACGGGAAGUCUACGAGGUCCGCGUGGCCGAAAACAGCCCGCCAGAGCAGCUGGUUGUCAGGGUCACGGCCGCGGAUCCCGACGAAGGGUCCUACGGCAGAGUACGGUAUACCUUCACCCAGACAUCGGAGCGGUCCCGCCAGCUCUUCGAGCUGAACGCUGCCACCGGAGAGAUCCGGGUCUCGGGCAACCUGGACUUUGAGGAAGUAGCAAACCACGAGAUGGUGGUCAAAGCCACCGACGGCGGGGGGUUGUCUGGACAUUGCAAAGUGCAUGUGGAGGUGCUGGACGUGAACGACAAUGCCCCGGAGAUAGCGCUCACUUCCCUCACUGUCUCCAUUCCCGAGGACGCCCCGCCCCGGAGCGUGGUGGCCCUGAUCAGUGUGCGGGACCGAGACUCGGGGGACAACGGCAGGACGGAGUGCGCGAUCGACGGCGAUUUGCCCUUCAAUCUCACCCCCACUUUCGACAAUUACUACGAGCUGCGCACAAACGCGGCCCUGGACAGGGAAAGGACGGCGGAGUACAACAUCACCAUCAUAGCCACGGACUGGGGCAGAUCUCGGCUGAGUUCUCGGGAAAGCAUCUUCGUGCAGAUAUCCGAUGUGAACGACAAUCCCCCGGAGUUCACACAGGACGUUUACACCUUAUCAGUGAACGAGAACAACAACCCCAUGCUCCGGAUCGGCAACGUAAAUGCCACGGACGCCGAUGCGGGUAAAAACUCCCGUGUGAGCUACGCUCUGGUGCGAGACGACAAAGAGCAGCCCGACGUGUCGAUCAACUCUGAAAAUGGGGACGUUUACAUCCUCCGCCCACUAGACUACGAAGAGGUGCGCGCCAUCGAGGUGACCGUGCGCGCCGCCGACGGGGGCUCGCCGGCGCUCAGCGCCGAGGCGCUGCUGCGGGUCCUGGUGCGGGACGAGAACGACAACGCGCCCGUCGUGCUGCACCCACCUCCCGACGGCAGCGCGGCAGCGGGCGAGUUGGUGCCACGCUGGGCGCAGGCAGGUUACCUGGUGGCCAAGGUGGUGGCGGUGGACGCGGACGCGGGACAGAACGCGUGGCUGUCCUACGAGCUGGCCAAGGCGACGGAGCCGGGGCUGUUCCGCGUGGGGCUGCACAGCGGUGAGGUGCGCACGGCGCGGGCCGUGACCGAGCGCGACGCGCCCAGGCACAGGCUGGUCGUGCUGGUGCGAGACCGCGGGCAGCCACCGCGCUCCUCCACUGCCACCCUCACCAUCACCCUGGUGGACGGCUUCUCUGAAGCCCACUUGCGUGUGAGCGAAGAGGCGCCGGCCACCGAUCCCGACGGGAGGCUCACCCUGUACCUCAUCAUCUGCUUGUCCUGCGUGUCCGCGCUGUUCCUGGCCACUGCAGCGGCCGCCGUGGUUGUGAGGUUGCGGCGGGCCAGGCAGAGCAUGGCGGGGCCCUUGCCCACUUUCCCGAAAUCUGCCGCUGAGAGCAGCGCUGGCUCCUUGCCCCGUAGCUAUGUAUACGAUGUCUGCUUCGCCGCCGGGACUGUCAACAGCGAGUUCCGCUUCCUUAGGCCCCUCUUCCCCUGCUUCCCAGAUGGGCUGCCCCACGGCCCGGGCGACCAGCGGAGCUCGGUGUGCUCGGCCAACCUCGGGGAAGAAGCCGACUGGGCUGCACAGGGUCGAGUUCCCCUCUCUGAAGGCACGGGUCCCAGGCCAGCAGAGGAAAAUGCCAGUUCUGAUCAAAAUCCUUGGCUCACCCAUCAGUAAGUGAGGAGAAAGACAAACAUCUUGGUCCUCACUGGCUAACGUCCUCACAGGGAAAGGAGAGCAGAGAGACGGAACAUGCACCAAAAAAGUACCAGUGAGGUACAAGUCCUCUGUGAGACAGCAAGGACUCUCAUCUUAAACAGUAUUUUGUUCAUAUAGGUAUUUUGAAAUUGUGAUAAGGAUGGAGGAGGACUAUGUUGCAUGCUGAUUACACUGAGACUUGAUGUAUGCUUGUGAGAGAGUGCUAUUUCUCCUGAAUGUUAAGGGAAACAUGAAAACAGAAACAUGUUCAAGAUAUGCUUUUCCUACAUCAGCUUUUCUGUAUUAUUUGUUAUUGUGAAGAGGGCUCCUUCAUAACGUUUUGGUUUUCUGCUACUUGUUGAAUGCCAGGUCAUACAGCUAUUAAAUUAAAUGAGGCUUGCAAGGGAAUUUUUAAUAACAAACAUAAGGAAAUUACUUUCGAAGUGGCUGACAUUGGCACACUGUAAUCGAUCAUGAGUUUACACGUUGUCCAUGAAGUAGAGUGGUCUUUGAGCACUGUAUUCCCUUUCUAAAUUUGUUUCGUUUUCUUUCAUAAUAAAGCCGAAAUCAACAGUUAAAGAACGUUUCAGGAUUAUCGAAUAUAAGGUAGUAGAGAAUUAAAAAUACUGUUUGUGUUUUAACAGUAAAACGUUAACAAUAAUCUGAAGGCACUCUAGAAUAUAGAAAGUCAAGGAGCAUUCCGUUUUCCUUUACUUUCAUUAAUCGGUAUUAAAAUAUAAAGUAAGGUAGUAUUUCCUGUCACUCACACGUUUAAAAGAGUAAAACUCCUGAUGACAAAAUAAACAAUAAAAGGUACCUGUAAA